GUCGCCACCUGGCGGCGACAGUGGCAAACUGCUGCCUCGCUGCCCAUCCCGCUUUGCUGGCGACCACCAAAAUGACCCGUGGUUAGUCUCUACCUCUUUUAAUCAGACGGAAAUAAAAAAAGAGAGAAUAAAGACUCAAUUCACACGUUCGUGUUAUGUAUAUAAAAUAUUCUUUUUACAUUUUUGGACUUCAGAAAUCAUUUUAGGGCCCUUUAAGACGUCUGAUUCACCUUUAUUCUGUGCCUUUUGACUCCUGCUUUGAAGUGRAUGGAGAAAUGUGGUGCUACCAGAAACCGGGCUUCGAAGCCCUCAUUGUUGCUGAACUACGAAAGCAGCAGCAGUGCAGCCAGUUCUGUGACACUUUACUCAAAGCUGGAGGUCUUUCAGUCCCAGCACACAGUUGCAUUCUGUCGGCCAUCAGCCCUCACAUCUCCUCGGCUCUGUCGUCCUCUCCGGCGCCCCCUUCUGGACAGAGCCGUCUCCUGGAGUUCCAGGCCCUGGGCGCCUGCACCCUGCUGCACAUCAUCCGGCUCCUUUACUCCGGAGAGAUGGCCGGGGAGGGGGAGAACGAGAAGCAGGAGGCCAUUUACGCUGCAGCCAAGCUCGGCAUCAGCGGCUUGGUGGAGGUGACGAAGAGCAGGGGAAGGUUUGGUGGAGGGACGGAGCASUACGCGGAGGUGGGGGUCCAAACGGAGCCACAGAGGACAGAGGAGCAUGAGGGGAGGCUGGUCAGGUGGAGGAGAGAGGUGAGGGAUGGGUCCACCUAUAUGUGGAAAGAGGCGGAGGUGUCAGGUGGAGGAAGAGACAUGUGGACUCAAACUGAGGAACAGCUUGUCGACUCAUGUCCUCCUGUCCCCGCAGUGGUCCCCUAUGAGACCAUCGACAUGAGCGUCCUCCAGAGUUUAGGACACACAGACUCUCAUCAGCUUGUCACUGUCAUCUACCCACCUGAAGAAAACCAAACGCUGCAGUACACUGCUGCUCCACCAGGCUGUCUGCAGGAAUCCACAACACCUAGAAGCACAUCUGUUGCCAUCGUGACGCCACAGUACGCGCCUCUUCCUGCUCCUUUUCCUGGUCCUCUUCCUCAUUACUCCACCCAGACGACUCCCUGUGUGGUCGAUUCUCAGAGCUGCUGGGCCGACCCUAACCCAGAGGAGUGGGAAGGAGAGAGGUUGGAGCAGUUUGAGGGAAACAUCGUGGGAUUCAUCAACCACUUCCUGAACCCGGAGAAGAGGGAGAUCCCCCGCAGGGGGCGGGCAAGGAGGAGGCCAAGGGGUGCCCAGGCAGCCAGAAGCGGACAGGAGAGGACCAGGAGACCCAGAGGGAGGCCGAGAGGGAGGGGGGGGCAAGGCGCGUUCACUCAGAUGGUGGAUGUGCAGGAGAUUGGGGUGAGCAAACUGCAGAAACUGUUCCUGCACAGGUGGAGGGUGAGGACGCCCAGAGCAGGUCAGGGUGGGGGCGCUGUGGGCAGGAGGUUACACCAGAAGACCAGGGAGGAGCUGGAGCCGGCCAAGAAGAAGCCGAGGAGACGUGGAAAGGUGUUUGAGGAGGACCAGAGUCAGGAGUCGCAGCAAGGCRGAGGGGGAGUGAACACCCAGCGGGGGAGAAGAAAAACCACACAGCAGGUUGCCAAGGCCAGUCUUCCUAUUGGCACGGAUCAGAUCUGCAGGAACCAACCAACACCAUCCAACAACCUCUACAGUGGGCCUAGUGUAACGUCUUAUAGUCCCUCCAUUCGACCGAUGCAUUCGCAUGCUGCACCAUACGUUUCCCCAGCACCAUCCCAUCUCUACAGCCCACAGUUUGCUCCUCCAGCUCCUCCGCCUCACGAGGACCAGCCUGAGCACAUUGAUCGUUUGUUGGAGGAGGUCUUUCAGGAUCUGGACAUCUUACCAAACAACAAAGCUCCUCUUUCAACAGGCAGCAACACUCCUGGCAACUCUGCUAUCCAAAACAAACACCAGGCCCAGAUUAGCAGUUCUGAGAUGCCAGUGCUGCAGCAGCAAUGUGAGGGGGAUCUGAACGACAUUCUGGAAAACUUACUCCAAUCAUUUGAGCAGCAUGUUGAAAGUAAUAACACCAGCCCUUGCAUUCAGAUCUCUCCAGAAGCCAGUCAGCCAGUUCAGAGGAAACACAAAACAACCAAGAGUCAUGAGGAAAUCUCUCACACACCUUCUCUGCAGCGCAUAGUCAAACGCUCUCAGACACCUGGAGUACAGAGGGCUGAUACCGGACUAUCAGACACCCAGGCCGUUUCCUCUAAUAUCUUCAAAUCCGUCACACCAGCAAAGAGGCCGAAGAGAAGGAGGUCAAACUCGUAUCGGUUCUCGUUAGAGAAGAAAAAGGUGAAGAAGCUGGCACCGUCGAGGGACUCAAAGGCCGUGUCGGGUCAGGAUCAGCAGGAGAAGCAGCUGGUGCAGAAACCGGUGGUGAAACUGGCUAGAGACAACUUGCUGUCAGUCAGAGCGACGCUGCAGGGAAACAACUGUGAGCUUCCAGAGGAAAAGGGUCCAUCACCAUCAAAGGGAAACUCCCAUUUUGGCCAUUUCAGAAGGCACUUGGUCACAAAGUUCUACCCAAUCAGGAGCAGAUUUAGGGAUCCACACAUCCAGGACUUAUUGCCUUUUCUGGAGGAGGAUCCUGUAGAGACAACAAGGCCACCAAAUCGAAGGCGUGGCGGGCCAAAGAAAAAUGGAAAUCUUCUUAGUUCAUCUCAUGUUGAGAGCACAACAACUUCAGAGAAAAACCCUGAGACAGAAAAAUGUGAAACAGUCAUUGAGGAGGAUGAUGUAGAUGUGGUGGGAGGUAUGGGGCCAGCCCCUGAACCUGUCAUCAUAACCUGGACAGACUCUUCMGAAGAAGAAAUUGAUGUUGGGAUCUGAUUCAAAGAAGUUAGUUAUUUUCAUCGGUUUGCAGGUUUUCACAGCUAAUUUGUGGCUGUUCAGUUUGUUUUAGCUGUAAACAAAACCGUUUGGAGGGUUUUAAAGCCAAAGGGUGAGAGGUAUUUUAUCUUAGUUGUAAAUAUGUUCAGCAAUCURAUUCAGAUGUGUAAGAUCAGGGCUAUUUUUAAAGGUUACAAAGCAGUGUUUGAAGAAUGAAGUCUUCUGGUUUAAAGCAUUUUCAUGUUGUAAGCAUGGCCUAGUCAAAGUCCAGGCCUACAGUUAAGAAUCUGYAGCAACACUUGAAAAUUGCUCUCCACAGAUGUCCUCAUUCUGAUGAGACUGGAAUUGAUCUGUUUCAUAAAGUAAAAUUAGGAAAAUGUUAAACGUUUCACAAAGUUCUGACUCAGGAAUGUACAGUUUUUCUUUAUGUGGGCAUCUGACUAGAAUGACUUUAGAAAGUAAAAGCAAUUCUCUAUCUGUGAGGCGCAUCUGAACWAGUUUCCAAAUUUCUAAGUGGAUUGUGCAUUGAAUUGGGAGUUGGCGCCCUCUUGUGUUGACAGGUGCUUCCUGCAUGCAGCUGAGAAUUGGGAGACGAGUCUGUUUGUCGCACUCUUCUCAUGUGGGAUAAAUAAAUUCUGUUGCAUCUUCAUUUCGAUUAGUUUCUGAGCGCCAUGUUUAGCAGCUCCAGUUGGGGGUGAAACGUUUUCAUAAACUGGAACCRUUUCUGUCGCUGUAGUGACGGGACRAGAAGGCUCGUCCAGGGCAAUGUUCAUGCUGUCAUGGGGUGACUGACUAUAUGCACAAAAACACUUUUUAAAUUUUAGUUUCUAAAACCGUAUAAUUUUUUAAAUGUCACGCCACAUAAGCUAAAAUCCAAAUAAAAGACUGACGUUUGUGGUUGUAACCUGAUAAUAUUUUGGGAAAUURCUGAAUAAAUGCUUCUGUAUGCACCUGA